AUGUCUCAUCACAGUCUUAACCCCUACGCCUCGGAUGCUAAGGACAGUACAAGUAGUCCUAAGCAUAACGAGCUUGAUGCCUUCCGGAUUGAUGUAUCCCACCAGGAGAUGUCAAUGAUCAUGUUGGAGUUGGAGAAGUUCUGCUCCACAUGUCCUGAGGAUACUUGGAUUCCCCUUGAUGAUGGUAUUCAGUGGUUGUGUAAUAGCUUGGGUUAUGAGGAUAAGGAUGAGUUCGAAGAUGCUAUCAAAGGUAGCUUCAGGGACUUCCUGUCAAAGUUGCCUCAGUUUGAGAUGGAGGAGCAGCAGGAUGGCAAGUGGUACUUUAAGCCUAUUGCAUUGAAGGAGGAGUGA